AUGAGGAACUUCACCUUGAUAACAGCUUUACUUCUCUGCAGCCUCAGCUGGAUCUCUGUCACAGCUUCUGAGUCUCACACUGUGGAGGUCCAGUCUGGUGGAGAUGUCACUCUGAUGUGCUCCAACAAUUUCAGUAAUUCACCUCAGACAGAAUGGUUCAGAGUGAUCAACAGAACCAAGCCAAGCAGCCUUUCCUCUAUGUACGGGUCCAGUAGUGAAGACUCGUUCUGUGAUGGAUUUGAGAAGAUCUCCAACGACUCUGCUGUCUUUCUUAAAAUCAAGAGAGUGAAUUUCUCUGACUCUGGACUGUAUUUCUGUGGAUUUUACAUAGACGGAAAUACAGUCAUCGCCAGUGCAACACAUUUAAAAGUUCUAUUGGAUUCAAAGACUGAAAAGAAGUCUGAUGGAAUGAUGAACAUCAUGAGUUUGUUCCUGGGUUUUCUGACUGUUCUGACUGUUUUCCUCACUAUAGUGGUCAUUGUUCUGGCUGUUAAAAUCAGGAAACUUCAGACAGCUGUGAAUGAAGAACUGCAGCCAGAAAGAAACAAGGUGAACCCAGCAUUAACUUAUAUAAACUGUGAUCUGGGCUCAGAUGACCUGAACUAUGCAGCUCUAAAUUUCCAGGCUAAACCCAAAAGAAGCCGCAGGCCUGCAUCAGAGAGAGAGCUGGAGCCACAUGUUGUGUAUGCUGCCACCAGAUAGACUCAGGAAACAUCUGGAACUGCAGCUCA